GCUGCUCUUGAUGUGUUGUUUUGUCCACUCCAUCCCAUAUAAGAGCCUCUGAUGCGCAACUGGUUUGCUCCAGAUGGGCCACGCUCCACAUUCACGGCAUGAGAAAGACGGAUGUAUUUUGUAGAAAUCCUGCAGUCAUCCUAUGUUUCAGGCCUGUGCGCAGCAAACAAAGUUUUGACAAGGCUCCCUGCGGGCUGCGGUGUAGCUCGGCCCAAGACAUCAUGUCUUGAGGUGUCCCAGUCGUCGUGUGAUUCAACGUAUUCGCCAAGAACCAGCGGAUACAGAGGCCGAGCGUUCCGUUCCCACGGGGUGGAAAACAUGAGUAGAAAUCAUGGAUGGGAUUGCAUGCUGUUGAAUAAAAGCAACAAUAAACAUGCCCUCUUGCAGUGCCUUGGGAAAGUUCCCAAAUCCAGCAGGGUACCCGUUUUUCUCACGUUUCAGCCGAAAGAUUUCAACUGAUAUGCAGAUUCUCAGAUGCUUGACUCUUUCACCGCAAGGUUGGCUAGUGCCAAGACAAGGCAGGCGUACACGGUGUACACAGUGCAACUAUUCCGAUGUGGAUAGCCUGGCAGGAACUGAAUGCACACAUUCCGAUCAGGGCAGCCUGGGCGCCCUGGAACCCGACCCAUGAAUUGCCGCGGGAGCAAAUAAUGGUUUGCAGAGGCGUGCGGUGCUGGUUCUAGAACUGAAGAGACCUCGAGGCAGCGGGAGAAAAAAAAACAGCUUGAUUCAACAGUUUUCCAGCGGUCGAAGAAAUGUGGUUUUUGGUGUUUUUGGGCGAUUCCAAAAUGGUGAAAAACGGAUUUUUCACCAUUUCGUCAUCCACCAGAAAAUCAAAAAACCCAAUUUUGGCGAUGAGCUUCAAAGUGCCAAAAAUGUUCAUUUUUGGUGAAAUGCUGGGUUUUCCAUGUUUCACCAAUCUGGUGAAAGUGAUGUUUUUAUGUGUUUUCCUGCUUUCGGCCUGCUGGGUAACUUCCGACAGACACAGGCCUAAAUGAUUUUCCUAAGGCAUAGCCACCAUAGUUUUUCAACUUUCGCGCUGCAAAAUUACAACGAGUUGAAAAACCACAGUUGUUGAGGUCCGUAAUUUCAAGGCAAGUAGCGAGGUCGAUCCCAUUCUAUCAAGAGCCAUUUGAGUUCCGUGAGAGAGCAAUGAUCUCGCGAAGUGUGCCAAAAGAUCUGGCUACAAAAUAAUGUGCCGUGAACAAGACAUACUGAAUUGGCAUCGGAGAAAAACCUGCAGUUGUUACAUAAUCCUUUGCCUUCGAAUUGCUUCUGUAUACGUAAGCGCAUAGGGAGGCCAUGCAAGCAGCCAAGACAAAUCUCCAGCAGAAACUAACCUGGUGGAAGGUGACAGCGCGAAUCUGAUCGCAUGCAUUGCCGGGAGCGGAACAUCGGCUGCAGAAAGGCCAUCUAGCCCUGCUACUCAUGUUGGAAAGGUGGAGCUACAGGGUGACUUGCAGCUUCUGAGGAUGCAUGGUGCAGUGCGACAAAAGAACCCAUUGAACACCGGUGAAUCCGCAACAAAUACAACAAAGCUUCAUGUCGAGGAUCGCAAGAUGAAUUUGCCAGUGCAACUGAAUGUGUUAAUUGCUGACCUGAUUUUGUCCGAAACCGUGAGGCGACAAAAUGUGGCAAGACGUGGAAUUUUGUAGACGCCUAACUGAUCGACUGAUUCCUAUGGCCAGAAGAUCAGAGCAUGGUGUACAGAUGCAGAAGUCAUCGAACUGAGACUAGAAAGUAUGACCGCUAUGACCAUUGAAACUCAAGCGCUAAGUGACACUCCAAUAGUCGACUUCGGGACCAGAUCAGUGACCAACAGUUCGCUUUGUCAAGGCCGCGAUUUUCCAUGAUGGCCACGUCGGCCACGUUGGAGGUUGGAACACAAACUUGUCGACAAAGGGCGAAAAAUUGGCUAAUUGCUCAAAAAGGGGAGGUUGACAAACUCUAAUCAGACAGCAUAAUCAGCAUAGAAUUUGCAGUUGUCGAGCUUCGUUUUUGGCCGAAGAUCUGCAACUUUGCCAUCCAGCUCACGGGAGCAUGGAUUGACGCGACCGUGGAUCGUCAUGUGCCAUGGCCAUAUCAUUUCGCCACAGCUGGUGAUGAAACAGGCUGUCAAAAGCGAAGGAAAUCCUCGCCCCUUCGCCUGGAACGUGGUCACGCUGUGUUUGCAACUGGAAGGCUUCGUGACUUCGUGGAAUUUACGCGUUGCUUGAGGCUUCCUUCAACAGAGGCAAGGUAACAAAACAUGUUUUUCGACUCGGUGGUUGUGCUCUGAUUGGCAGGCCUGUGUGAAACCAAAACAUGAAUAGCGAUUUCAAGCCGACUUGUGAUGCGAUCACUUUCCACUUUUAGAGCAGUAGAUGCACAACUGUUUCGUCACACGCCGGCAGCUUGUGGCAAGCCAUAAGACAAGAGAUGGCCAGGUCUUGUUGAUAUGUCCAGAGCUGACAUUUCAUCUGACCCGAGCACCACAUCUCAAGCGCCGGUCGGAGAAACAAUGCCUGAGUUCAGGCAUGGCAACCUGUCAUCCGCCAUCAAACCUGGUAGCUUGUGAUCUAUCUGGUGGCUUUGAGUUUGUGUCUGUGGGACUUUGGGAUUUGUCCCUUCAAAUUGCUGGGUCCCUUGGACCACGGCUACGGCGAAGGAGGCGGAAGCGAAGGUGCGCACGGAAGGGAAGCCUGAAACUUCAACCGGAAGGGAUUGGACAUUGGAACUUUCCUCCGGUCUCUUCAUUGUGCAUGGAAGAUGCCAUCUCUUCACCCAAGCAUGCAGCCACUUCAAGCCUUUCUGAAUUGGCAGGGUAGCCGUGCCAUGCAAAGAAAAGUACCCAGUCAGAGCCAGUCAGCCUCCAAGCCCCGUUGGAUGUGAGGCUACUUUGGCAAUGUCUUGACAUAGCAACUCUUUUCAGUGUAGAAAGUGUCGUAAAUCUGUUGUGGCGAAAGAUUCUGUGCCAAAGAUGCAUGCACUCUUCAUUCCCUUUGAGAGCUGGCAGCCACAGGUGCAAAGUCUGCAAUUUGUUUUGUGUCAGAGUCAUGGACCAAGGUCAACUGGCUCUUGACGGAGGGCCGUUUGAACAAGACUUUGUCCAAAUGUUUGCCUCAAAAUGCCUCAAAUAUCAUGCAGUUGUGAGAUCCAAAGGUGCAAACUCAUGGAUUAAAGUCCGCAGCCCCCUGCUGGUAUUGACCGCAAUUGCAGUGCAUGGUAAAUGUCGAACACACCAGACUCACCAACUCUACAGAUGUCAUCAAGUUGGGACGAAAUUCUUUGCCCAUGCAGUCGUGAACUCGUCAUUCUGCUUUCUCUCCAGAUGUUGUAGGUGUUUUUGGUGCAGGGUUGCCUUCUGUGCUGCCUCCUUGUUUUCAGCUUUUUCUAGCUAAUUCCAUGAGAUUGAGCUGAUAUCUGAUUUCUAGAAUUUCUGGGUGUUUUGCAGCAGAACUCGUCAGCAAUCCCAAAUGCUAAGAAAGGAAAAAAACGAAUGCAAUGUCCCUCUUUUCAGUUUAGAGCAAUUUGCUAACCUGUUAGAUGCUGUGAAAGAUUCCUUACCAAGGAUGCGCAUGUUUCGAGCAAAACCUAGGGUCAGUGGAACUCUUCUCUCGAGAUGUGUUGUUCUGCCCAGUCCAUCCUUCGAGAACCGACUGCACUUUGCAGUUGGACCAUGCUCUCGAUUCCCGCUGUGAAUGCAGAUUCACCCUGACCCUGUGACGCUCGUGCUUUCCAUGAAGCCCAAGUAUUGCCACAGAAACAGCUGUGGCAGCUAUGGUUCAAGUGGUUGACUGGAAACCACUCAGCUGGCGGCUGGUGGCAACGAAUAAACUUCGACUGGAUGGUUGUAAGCUCUACUUGUAGCCCCAUUUGCAUCUACUCGAUGGUUGGCCCAGAGCCCUUUUCCCAAUCAAUGGUUGGUGCAAGAGCCCCGCUCGGACUGUUCUGUGGUAAUUUGACCACUUCUGGGAUCCUAUAGCAACACCAAGUAUGAUGGCCGGACAAGUCAAAUGGGCGUUUGUCUCCAGCUAGUGUGCUCGCAAGAGUAUAAGCGGUGCAGGAAAGGUAACGAUGGUGGGCUUACUACCAUCAAUUCCUUGUCACGCUUGUCCAAAAGAAGGUGCAGUUUUUGUCCGUGCAGUUGGAGCAGCAGGGUUGCUCCUAGCCUGCCUUUUUUCACUUUGCCGAUGAAACGCAAUUCGAGCGCAGCAAGAUUUUCAGGAAUACGAUAUAAAGAUGUUUUGAUUUCCAGUUGAAGGUAGAGCUUGUCAGAAUCUCGAAAGGUUUGGAACAAAUGAUUGGCGAACGGGCUACCCCUCAUACGUAUCGGCGCUGAGUGUAGAGACUCUUAAGAAGCUGUUGGAUUUUGAGCCAAAGAUAUUAGCUCAGCAUUGCGGCUUUGCGUGACACUUGCCUUGGGGCUGCGGUGUCGUGUGAUUCAACGUAUUCGCCAAGAACCAGAAGCGGAGAGGUGUGUGAGCAGCUGGACCCACAACAGAUUCCAAUGAGAGGAGCUGGGAAAAU